AUGGUGAAGGUCGGAGUGAACGGAUAUGGCCGUAUUGGACGCCUGGUUACCAGGGCUGCCUUCAUUUUUGGCAAAGUGGACGUUGUUGCCAUCAAUGACCCUUUCAUCGACCUCAACUACAUGGUCUACAUGUUCCAGUAUGACUCCACCCAUGGCAAGUUCAAAGGCACAGUUAAGGCUGAGAAUGGGAAGCUUGUCAUCAACGGGAAGGCCAUCACCAUCUUCCAGGAGCGAGAUCCCGCCAACAUCAAAUGGGGGGAUGCAGGUGCCGAGUAUGUUGUGGAGUCUACUGGUGUCUUCACCACCAUGGAGAAGGCUGGGGGCCACUUGAAGGGUGGGGCCAAGAGGGUCAUCAUCUCUGCCCCUUCUGCCGAUGCCCCCAUGUUUGUGAUGGAUGUGAACCAUGACAAGUAUGAUAAUUCCCUCAAGAUUGUCAGCAACGCUUCCUGCACCACCAACUGCUUAGCCCCCUUGGCCAAGGUUAUCCAUGACAACUUUGGCAUCGUGGAAGGACUCAUGACAACAGUCCAUGCUAUCAAGGCCACCCAGAAGACUGCGGAUGGCCCCUCUGGGAAGCUAUGGCGAGAUGGCCUUGGUGCUGCCCAGAACAUCAUCCCUGCAUCCACUGGCGCUGCCAAGGCUGUGGACAAAGUCAUCCCAGAGCUGAAAGGGAAGCUCACGGGCAUGGCCUUCCGCGUUCCUACCCCCAAUGUGUCCAUCGUGGAUCUGACUAGCCGCCUGGAGAAAGCAGUCAAGUAUGAUGACAUCAAGAAGGUGGUAAAGCAGGCAUAG